UCUAAUCAAAGCUAUUCACGACACAAAAGUAAACAACAAACACUUUUACGGCAGCAAAUAUGGCUUCUCACUUUAGCGGUGUGCUGCAGCUGACAGAUCUCGAUGACUUUAUCACCCCCUCUCAGGAAUGUGUCAAACCUGUGAAAGUAGAGAAGAAACAAGGUAAAUCUGUGGCCAAAAUUCAAAUAGAAGAUGAUGGCAGCUAUGUCCAAGUCAACCAGGAUGGCGAGAAGCAGAAGCUGGAGAAAGCAAAGAUCACACUGAAUGACUGUUUGGCCUGCAGUGGCUGCAUCACCUCGGCUGAGAGCGUCCUCAUCACGCAGCAGAGCCACGAGGAGCUUUUUAAAGUGCUGCAGAACAACAAGACGAGUGCUACAGAGCAGAAGGUUGUGGUGGUGUCGGUGUCGCCGCAGUCCAGAGCCUCCCUCGCAGCACGCUAUGACCUCAGCAGUACUGAGGCAGGCAGGAGGCUUACGUCUUUCUUCAAAGGCCUUGGGGUUCAUCAUGUGUUUGACACGAGCUUUAGUCGGACCUUCAGCCUGCUGGAGAGCCAGAGGGAGUUUGUGGAUCGUUUCCAGAAGAAGGAGCAGGACAGCAAAUGUCUGCCUAUGCUGACAUCGGCGUGUCCAGGUUGGAUUUGCUAUGCAGAGAAGACACACGGGAAGUUCAUCCUUCCAUACAUCAGUACCACUCGCUCCCCCCAGCAGAUGAUGGGUUCUCUGGUUAAAGGCUACUUUGCUGAACAACAGGGGCUCAGUCCACAGCAGAUCUACCAUGUGGCAGUAAUGCCCUGCUUUGACAAGAAACUUGAGGCCUCGAGGUCGGACUUCUUCAUGAACAAAGCUGAGACUCGGGAAGUGGACUGUGUCAUCACCUCUGGAGAGGUUCAGAAAAUGCUGGAGGAGAAAAAUGUGUCUCUUAGUAAUGUGGAACCUGCACCCCUUGAUACAUUGUUUAGCAGUGUGAGUGGGCAUGAGUUCCUGAGCCAUGCUGGGAGCGGGUCAGGGGGUUACCUCCAUCAUGUCUUCACCUAUGCUGCCAAGCAGCUGUUUGGAGAGGAGGUGAAGGAGCUCACCUACAAGACCCUCAGGAAUAAAGACUUCCAGGAAGUGACUAUAGAGAAAGACGGAGUUGUCCUGUUGUGCUUUGCGUCCACAUACGGCUUCCGCAACAUCCAGAACCUGGUGCAGAAGCUCAAGAGAGGGAAGUCACCCUACCAUUUUGUGGAAGUUAUGGCCUGUCCAUCAGGCUGUCUAAAUGGUGGUGGACAGGUGAAGCCCUUACCUGGUGAGAGCCAAAAGGAGCUUCUCCAGAAGGUUGAGGAGCUCUACAAGGCAGAGCGCCCCCUAUUGCCAGAGGAUGACACUCGUGUGGCCGAGCUGUACCAGUCCUGGCUCCACAGUGUUGGGGAGGAGAGAGCCAAAGAGCUGCUGCACACACAGUACCACAGUGUGGAGAAGAUGACUAACGGACUCACGAUGAAGUGGUGAAUAAUGCUUCAGCUACAAUGCACAAUCAGUAGACACUGACUACACGACCGUCCAAAUAUAUGUGACUAUUUCUGUCUCUCUUCAGAGAGAAGAGAAGGGUUGUGGGCAAAGUUGAACUUAAGAAAGUUUGAUGUGUGCCAACAACCUUUUAAACCACUUUUUUUUCAAAAGAUGUGUGUCUGGUGAGGUAGAAAACCAUGGUGUAGCUAGAUAAAGGACACAAAUUAUGUCUAUAGUUUGAUAAUUUGCCCUGAUACUGCUGAUUGAAUUCAUUUGUUUGGAAAAUGUGACCUGAAAUAACAAAGCAAAUAUAAUCAUUCCUUGUUUAUGUGUAUAUAGAAAAAUAAAGACAUUAUUUAAGUAUA